AGCUCUCAGCUCAAUUUCGAUGCCGCACUUUCCCUGUGCCUAUCGUGAUUCUUUCCGAUCCCGCCAUGCUGAUGCUUUCGCUGUUGCUGCCCCUGGCUGGAGUGUCAGCCGAGCCGGCUUGCCUCCUCCAGAAGCCGAAGGCACCCACCCAGCUCUCGCUGCUGGCUGAAAUGCCAGUGGCUGGCUGGGAGUAUGCCGGGAAGGGGGACUGCGCCGCGAUUCUCCAAACUUUCAACGAACCGGAUCCCACCUCCUGUGCCUCACAGUGCUCCUACUUGAUGCUCGCUUUCUCAUUCGACUCAUUGCGUAGUAGUACCUGUUUUUGCUGUCAAGAUCUCGCCCUGUCCACCAGCUAUCGAAGUUUUGCGUAUGCAAGGGCAAUUCGCAAGUGGGAUUUCAUUGGUACAGGAAAACGCUGUCAAUCGCCAGUUGCCAGUUUUUCUGCCAACACGCUCAAUGACUGUGCCCUGUCCUGUGAGCCGACAACCAAUCCUGGCUGGUUCAUAUACACCCCCCGCAACAUCCCUGGGUGUACAUGCUGCAGCGGUCUCAAUCCUACUACUGAGCUGAUCCCUAUACCAAGGUUCUCAACGCCCUGGUCACAUUUUGUCUAUAGAAGGGAAGUCAAAAGGGUGGAUGUGCCAGGUGGAAAAGUAUGGAGUGUCGGUGUUUACGGAGAUCCUCACAUCACGGCUUUGGAUGGAUCUCACUAUUUGCUCCUCAGCCAGGGCACCUUCUCGCUCUGGCAUCUUCAUGGUCUCUUAACAGAAUUCCAAACACAAGAUGGAUUCAAAAAAGUACCAGUGGAGUGGGAAAUCUUUACGCACUACUCAGGCCACCAGUCCUUUACCAAGGGCUUGUUGUUGAUUGACAGGUCGGCAGGAGUUCAGCGGCAAGUCUUGGAAAUCACCUCGCAGGACUGCCAGUGGCGAGCCCACUCAGGAGCAGAGUGGACCAUGGUGAGCAAACCCGGAAUGAUCUCCGUUGCAGAGGGUCAAGACUAUGUGACCGGCUUCAACAUGACCAAGACCAAUGGAAGGAAGCACCGUGGUGGUCACGCCAGCCGAAACCAGCUUAACCUCAACCAAGUACAUCUCAGCAUGAACAGCAAGGAUGGCGCCACCGACAUCGCUGUUCUUACCGUUAGCUGUAGGCCAAAACGCAAUCUGAACCUGAAUUUGGUGAUGAAGCGAAGGUCUGAUCAUGGAUUCGUUGAAGGCGAGUUGGCAGGAGGAAAGAAGCUUGCUGCAUUGGAGACAGACUCAGAGUUCAAUGUCAAGGGCAAGUGGCAAGACGUUGGAGGCAGUGACCAAGCAGCUGCCUAUUUGCGACAGAUGGAUGAAGAUUCUUCUUCGCGCGUGUCUUUGUUGCAAAGCUGCACCGCGGAAGACAAAGUUCAGGCCAAAAUCACUUGCUCCAAGUACUUGGAUUCUUUGGGACACUUGGACCCUGCGGGCUUCUUCCUCAACGACUGCAUCUACGACAUUUGUCAUGGAGCAGGAGAGGUUGCAGCGGAGCUUGCAGCAGAGCUACUAACAUCCGCCAGCGUUUGAAGCUCCCGACAGGCCUCAGUGAUGUACAGGUGGUGGAAACCGUGGAAACCGCUCAAAAGUAGCAGGUCGACCCGAAGAAAAGGCGUGAAAUGGAG